GUGGAAGUUCUCAUGUUUCACUGUCAGUUCUGCCAAACGCCAGCUCACAGUCAGAGUGAGGGGGAAAACGGAUAAACGCAGAUAUUUAUUUUAACCAACUGGGCUGAUACUGAAACACUAACAUCCUCUGAAGCUGAGCAGGAAAACAAGCCUUUAUGCUUCAAGUAUUAUACUCAUUUUGGGGCUCUGUCACAUCUCGUUCGUGUGUGGUAUUUCUGAUCACGUCACAUUCACUUCGUGUAAGCCGAGGGCGGUUUCCAGUUGAUCUGAGGAUCCUAAACUGGAGCAUUGUGACCGGUUGCAUUUUGAAACUUUACUCUUCAUCCUACUGAAAAACGAUGUUUGAGAGUGUGUCCAUUCGAGUAAUGUGUUUGAUGGUGUUUUUCCAUCAAGGAAUUGGAGGUGAGGACGUGAGGAAUGUUACGGGUUACAUCGGGGAGUCUGUUGUCUUGCCAUCAGAUGCUUAUCCCUCAUGGUCUCUUAGUGCAAUUCGUUGGUCUAUCUAUGAAAACUUCACAUUUAUUGCAGUCUUUCAGAGCAAAAAAGUGAGUCUUGACCGUUUUCCCUUAUUCCGUGGACGCCUUGAGCUGAAUACGUCUUCAGGCCAUUUAACAAUUAAAAAUGUAUCAUCCAGUGAUGCUUUAAAAUACAGAGUGGAGCUGGUAGGUGGAAUAACCACUCAAAGAAAGGCCAGCUUUGUUCAGCUUUCUGUUCAGGAACGACUUGGUAAACCAAGCAUACGUCUGCUGCACAGUUCCCUGGAUUCAGGGUAUUGUGUGAUCUCUCUUGGCUGUUUAUCAGUGAACAGUAAAGUUUCUCUAUCUUGGGAACCUGAGCAUGGCUUCAGUGAACCCUUCUGGAGCGGUGAUCAGGGAGACUCUGGUGAAUCAGUGCUGUGGACAUCUUUCACACCCAACCGGGUAGUUACCUUCUCCUGUACUGCUGCUGAUGACCAUCGCCAAGAAUCAUCCAACAAGAGUGUGACAUGUACAGAGCCAGAACCGAGAAGAAACAACACUCAAGUAAUGAAAGAAUCACUGUGGGAUUCAUUGCAGCAAUGUUUGGAGGAAUUUUGGAAUGGUUGGGGGCAAUCAUAUUCCAGAAAUACAAAGAACAACCCCUAAGAUCCUGAACCAUCUUCUUCAUGGAUGGCAUCCCCACAUCAGUAUCUUGUGAUGUACCUGGACAACCUUUUUAUCUCACAACCUCUGAAGGAUUCGUCUAAUUAUCCACACAAGCACCUGAGUGGCCUGUGUGGAUAAUUGGACGCAUCCUUCAGAAGUUGUGAGAACAAAGAGUUGCCCAGAGAAAUCACAAGAUACUGAACCAUCUUCUUCAUGGAUGGCAUCCCCACAUCAGUAUCUUGUGAUUUCCCUGGACAACUCUUUGAUCUCACAACUUCUGAAGGAUUCUUCCAAUUAUCCACACAAGUGUUUGUUUAGUUGCUUGUAAGAUUGUAAGCAAACAGGUAACUAGAAAACCCAACAGAAAUCUCUGGACCAAAUGUUACAAACUAACUUCACUUAGUUUGUCACAGGAACCAUGAAGCAAUGAAUCUUCACUCACUGACACUAUGGAGCCAAGUUAAUUACCGUCCACCUAAUUUCAGCUAUCCUGAGAAAAAUAACUUGACUUAGUUUGCCACAAAACCCUCUGUCAAACUCAUUGAUUUAAGCCAUUGGCCAAGGCCAGAUGGCUCACCCAACAGGAUGGUAAAGCUUACCAAAAGACCUUUUGUUCUCUCACCCAGGAACACAAAGUUCACCCUGUUCUUUUUCCAUUUACACAUCCCACAGUCAGAGCACUCAAUAUAGCCUACAGGGGCAAUGACUGUGAAAAUUAAUACAUUAACAACUAUAAUCACCCAUUUUCUUCCAUGUGUUAUCCUGUAACUGCCGUCCUUAUAACCACAAAGUUUCCACUAGUUGUUUGAUUUAUUUAGCAUGCAUUAUUACAGUAGUACUGGUAUGAUUAUUGUGGCUGACUAUUAAAAGUGUAUUUAACAACAGCCAAUAUAUGUCUUGUUUGGAAUGUGUGUUAAAAUAUGAACUAUAAAUAGAGCAUAAGAGAUGCUGGCAAGAACAAUUUACAGAGUUAAAAGUAGCUUUCUGUAUGAAGUGGUGCAUUGUACAGGACCUAAAUGACAAAAACUCAGACAUUCUUCUACUUAUCAUUGCCCAUUGCACGUACUAUCAUAACAACUCACAAUCUCUUUCUAUUCUUUUUAAAAUUAACCCCAUUUCCAUAAAAGUUGGGAUAUUUUCUAAAAUGUAAUAAAAGCAAAAAUCUGA